AUGCUCUAUGUUAUGUUUUUAAAAUUCUAAUAAUCUAUUAAUUAUUUAUUUUUCAGUUGAGUUUAUUAGUUAUUAGUUGUCUUCUUUUAUUAAUCUUCCCGAGACACAUAGUUAACACCAUGCCCGUUCCACCUUUAAUGCACGUAAAGAAUGUGCUUCAAGCCUUCAAGCCACAACUUUUUUUAGUAAUUUAGAGGCCACAUUUAAGAAUAUAGUUGUGACUUGUGAGCGUUGUGUUAGUAAAUUUAACUUGUAUUGUAUGGAACAGUUCAGUUAAUACUAGCAAGGUCAAUGCUCUAUGUUAUGUUUUUAAAAUUCUAAUAAUCUAUUAAUUAUUUCCUUUUCGGUUGAGUUUAUUAGUUAUUAGUUGUCUUCUUUUAUUAAUCAUUAUAUUUUCUGCAAUAAUAUGACAUUAUUAGUUACAAAAAAAUAAUAUGACAUUAUUGAUGAAAUUGGUUAUUUGAACCUUUUUAUUUUACCACUUUAUAACUUUUCACAAUGUUUUACAUACUUUUAGGAUGAUUUGUUAAAAUAUUUUUGUUAUUAUUAAAAACCAUAAUCUUGCAAUGAAAACCCAUAUAGUAGUAGUAUAGCGUCUUUUAAGAUAAUUUGUUAAAAUAUUUUUUGUUAUUUAUUAAAAACCAUACUUGCAAUGAAAACCCAUGUAGUAGUAGUACGUAGUAUAGUGUCUUUUAAAUAUGGGCUUAUUUGCUAAAUAACCAAAAAAAUAAGGGAAAUUAGAUUUUUAGAGAGAGAGUAAAGAGAGAUAGGAAGAAAAAGUAGGAGAGAGUGAGUGUUUUUAGUUAGUUAAUGAAUUUUGGUUUUUGUUGUGUAUAGUGAAUGCAAUUUCCUUUUAAAUAUUAACUUAAAAUACUUGAGAAAAAAACUGUUAAAAUAGGUUAAUUCUUUCACUUUUUUUUGUGGAACACUGGUUAAUUCUUUUACUAAAUACUGAAAAUAUAUGAUUAGUUAAUGUGUUUGCGUAUUUAGGUUACUAUAAUAUAUAACUCAUAAAUGAAAUUAAUUAGGUAAAAGAACCAUAAGGCCAUAUACAUUUAAUUUGCUUUUAUAAGCCUCACAACUAUUAGGGACGGCACUGGCUAACACGUGUCUUUCAUGCAAGAAAAACGAGGUCCUGGUUCGUCGUGAAGCUUUGCCACUUUCCAAAACCAUCUUAAAUAAACAUUAAACCAUCUUAAAUAAACAUUCCCCCGCUUAACUGUGAGCAUUUUCAAACCCAAACUAUUUUAAAAAAAUCCUUACGAUUGAAAAAGCCAAGUGUCUCUCUCCCCCCAUGAAAUCACGGCGGCGCAACCUCUCGGAGGAAGUUCCUCAAACCAUCACUCGGCACAGCCCACGACUACUUAAUGCUGACGAGGAAUCCUGUAUUGUACAAUAUCCUGGUCGGAGAUCCCGAUCGAAGUAGUCACAGAGAUAUUUUCGAGGUUUCCACUACAGUCUAUAGCGAGAUGUCGUUGUGUAUCGAAGCGGUGGGCUUCAAUCCUUCGCAGUCAAGACUUCACGGACUUGUUCUUCACAAGAUCGCUGGCUCGCCCGCAGCUAUUGAUCGCCUUCCAAAUAUUCCGCGGUAAGUUGGUCUUCUUCUUCUCACCUCAGUCUCGUGAGAAUGCGCCUCUUGUAGCCGCCGAUCAUCAUUUGAGUUUCCGUGUUGAAGGCCACUGCACUCAAAUAUCUAGUAUUGUCAAUGGACUUUUCUGCAUAAGACAUGAUCGGAUCUUGUAUGCAUCAAUGGGGUUUUGUAUUACACUGCGAUUUCCGAUUCUGUUCAAAUGCUGAUUUUCUUUGAUUUCAGAUCUGAGAAGUACAGCUUUGUUAAACCACCCCCGGAAAGAAAUUUAAAGAUGGAAAAGCUGAUAAACUUCCAAGGUAAAUUGGCUUCAGUAAGGUCCAGAAUCUUUGAUAGUGAAGAAAGUUUAAGUUUAGAGAUUUUGAUUCUAAAAGACCCUAAAAAGCAUGAAUGGGCCAUACGUAUUUUCAAUCUACCUCCUAUGUGGAAGGACGGAGCUGCAGGGAAGUACUUAGACGUUGUUGGAGUUACUGCUACAAAUGAAUUAGUUUUGUCACCUCGCUUUCCAUCCUACCUUUACUACUACAAUUUCGUCAGCAAAGAUAUAUCAAGAGUUGAUAUCCAGGGAAUUGGAGCGUUUGAGAAGGAACCUAGAGCUCACGUAAUACUGAACCAUGUUGAGGAUGCCAAGAUUAUGGAAUUGUUUUAGGAUUUUGUAACUGGUUCUAGCUCUUAAGUUCUUGUCUUGUCCACCAUGUGGUCUUUCAACUGCUUUGGUGUUUUUGGUAUAACUUUUUCAGUUCUUGGAAUGAAUAUUUUUAGUUGUGUACCACAGUUUUCAUCUUAUCUAGAUACAUACCAUCUCUGCUAUUGUUUCAGUGGUAAUGGAGCAAUGAUUGUUCUAGAUUAUGUUUUUGAAACUGUUGUCUACUUGCCACACUGUUAUUUGGUUUUCCACUAAUUACACUUUCCGACUAUAGCUACAAAUUGUUUUACUUUUGAUAUUGGACUUAGCUAUGUACACUGGCACAUCAAAAUUUAAAUCUAUCUGCCUUGUUGUCCUUUCUUAAUCUGAACUUGUGGUUUACAUGUAUGAAAGUGAGAUUGGCUGUAUAGGCUCGCUUUGAACGAGGUUUUUCCUGCCAUGGCUUGUCAUUUUCCGAGAUUGCCAUCUCUCUUGAAAAUUACACUAAUCUAAAUUCAGAGAAUCUCAUCAAUGGAGUUAAAACUGGGUCUUCGUGUCUUAUGCUCCAACAAAGCCGGCAUUGUGUUCCUCAGCCAGGUAUAUAUGUUCUUUUAAGAAAAUUCUCACUACACCUAGAGAUAUUCAAAUGUGUCUUUUUGUUUUGGCUAUGACAGGAACUUAUAGGAGCCUUUGCUUUCAUGUUAUUUUCUUCUCUUUUCUUUUUCUUUUUUGUUAUAACUAGUCUUCUUAUAUCAAACUGUUUCUGAACAUUCUUUCUCUUCCAGGGAGACAAAUAGAGGUUCUAUGUGGUUUCCUCCCAAGUCUGCAAGAAUCAGUGCACGAAGUUGCAAGAUGGAUAGAUUAUGUCAUUAUCAUCCUCACAAUUUUGUUAAUCAUGUUACUUAAAUGUUCUUGAGCAUUGUUGAGAGUAUCAAUUAGUAUUGAUUUAACCUUGAAUAGUAGUAUCAAUUUCGGAACUUGUUUUAUUGUACUCUGACAAAUUUUCUCAUAGAACAAAGGUUGAGGAUGUUCAUAACUUAGUAUGGUAAGGAUGAUGCCCCAAUUUAAAAGCCUUUGAGUUUGACACAGCAAGAGUUGUGCUGGAACUUGGACUUGCCAAGUCACCGCCAUAAACCAUCAUCAAAGUACUUAACAAUUAAUAAUUUGGUUAUGAUUAGUUAAUAGUAACACUAUUCUAGUUGCGUACGUCAACUCUUUAAAUUUCCAAUUAUUCGUGAUUUAUCUGAACAUAAAAUAUUAAAUAUCCAAUUUUAUUACAUUGAUUGGAGGCUACAGUUCAUCUUUACCUUUUAAUUAUGAGAUGCAUAUGAUCAGAAACCUCCUCUCCUAAAUAGAUUAUACAGUUUGAUCCAAAUCGAAAGUCUCAGAAAGAGACCCAUUACACAGAAAUUAAUUAGCAACAUGCAGUUUUACCGAACAUUCUUCAAACUAAGAAAUAUUUAGUCGCUUACUAGCUACCUGAUAUAUAUUUAUAUAAAGAUGAUAACAUAGUUCUCUAGUGGUGGAUAUGUUAAUCAGUUUUUAUUGCUUGUUAAGGACAAUAACGAGUUAAUGAUUGGUUUGUAUGUGACACAAGGCAACAUAAAAGGCUUAGAGGCGGCUUUAAUGAUAGAUAUAAGUCAAGCAACAUACUCGUAAAGUUACUUGACGUUUUUCAAUGGAAGAAAAUAAAGAAUAUCUUCUUCAUAUAAUGAUUGGAACAGAGCUUAGAAACAUUUUUCUCAUUAACUUAUCAAAGGAAUUGACAGACAAAUAAACAGCAAUCCUAAGUUACACUUUCUUGUACUCUUCCUUUUCAAAAAUUGCCUUCCUCUCCACUCUUUGCCUUUCUCCGUCCUAAUCUUUGUUACACACAAGCAUGUGCAAUAUAUAUAGUCCUGAAUUUUCUCAUUUGUAUCCAUUAUCAACUAAUCAUAUAAUAAAAAGAUAUAGAAAAAACAGUCAAACGGACAGGAAUCUUAUCGCAAGGUUUAAUGGGUUCCGAGAAAUUUGGAGACGAUGAUCGGAGCAUCCAUUUGCAGGUAUUGGAUCUCCAGAAGCUGGAGGAAGCGCGAGGCUCAAGCGACACCGUAUUGGAUUUCAGAAACAGCGUCGAGAAAGGAGACAGCGGCGAAACCGCAGACGCUACUCCUGCUUCUUCCGCGAUCGCGUUCCACAGAUCAUCAUCCCCGCCUGAGCAAAAGCUCACACUAUUCGCUCUCCGCCUUGCGAUCAUCGAGAAAGUCGCUACCUGUCUCGGAACACUAGGUUUCAUCUGGGCCACGGUGGUUCUUCUCGGCGGCUUCGCCAUCACCCUCGAGAAAUCCGAUUUCUGGUUCAUCACCGUCAUCCUCCUCAUCGAAGGCACUCGCAUCUUCAGCAGAAGCCACGAGCUCGAGUGGCAGCAUCAGGCCACGUGGACUGUCGCAGGCGUUGGAAUCAGUAGCUUCCGUGCGUUACAAGCAAGCUCUGUUUCGCUUCUCAGAAAAUUAAAACGAAUCAGUGGAGGAGUCUUGAAGCCAAUCCUCGAAAGCAGAUUAAGUCAAGAAACCCCUCGGACAUGGAAAAACUCAGAUGUUCCUCUGCUUCCCUACGCGAAAUGGCUCUACAUUUCAACCUAUGUGAGCCGUCUUCUCUACUGGCUCCAGCUCCUCUCAGCAACCGCCUGCGUGGCUCUCUCUUCAUACAAGCUCGUCAGACACAACUACGGAGAUGUUCACGACGGAGAGCUGGACAAGAGGAACAGAAAAGCCGCUCUUAGCAUCUUCUACUCGCUAGCCCUAGCCGAGGCUUUGCUGUUUCUUGCAGAGAAAGCUUACUGGGAGUGGCAGGUCAGUGUGUGUAAUUUGCUUGAGAAUGUGACUAAAGAUUGUGGCUUUGGUGUUACUGGGUUGGUCUCUAUAAAGAGAUUCUUCUACGAUGCUUACUCAAAGUCUGUGAAUGGGAGCAUCUUUGAUGGGGUUAAGAUGGAUAUGGUCAGCUUUGCUAUGGAACUGUUGGGGUCUAGUUGCCCAGAUGAACAGCUUAUAGGUGCAAGAAUUCUCAGACAGUUUGCGGUGAAUGAGCGGUUCGCAGAGGAUACCCUUGAGAAGAUUGGAAUCAACUUGCCUGUCAUUGAAAGGUUGGUGGAGAUGCUGAACUGGAAAGACAUGCAAGAAGAAGAAAUUAGGAGAUCAGCAGCUGAGAUACUAUCAAAACUCGCUGGCAAGAAACAGAACUCUCUAAGAGUAGCCGGGAUCUCUGGUGCCAUGGAAUCGAUAUCAUCACUAUUACAGAAGACAAGAUCUUUAGGUGAAGCUCCUGAUGAGAUUGGAGAGAGGAAAAUCUUCCACGACCAUCAUCUACAGUACGAUUACUGUAGGUUCAACAACUUAGGCCUCUUGAUUCUAAAGAAGUUAUCCAGAGAUCAUGAUAACUGUGGAAAAAUCGGCAACACGAGAGGACUUCUUCCAAAGAUUAUUGACUUCAUGCACACGGAUGCAACACUCUUGAAGGAUGAGAACGCAGAGAUGGUUCUCUCACGAGUCUUGACAGUGAAACGGUCCUUGCAGCUAGUGAAAAUGUUGGUAAGCAUGAGUGGGAACACUGGGAGGUGUCUUAGGAAAGAAAUCUCGGAGAUCGUUUUCACAGUCAGUAACUUGAGAGAUGUACUGCGUCAUGGAGUGAGAUACCCUAAACUACAGAAGCUUGGGACUGAGAUUCUGAGCUUCCUGGCCCUUGAGACAGAGGCAAGGGAGAGAAUUGGUGUGACUGGAGGUGUCUUGAAAGAGCUCUUCAACAUUUUCUUGAAAAGCAAGGCACAUGGGGAUGUGAAUGAGAGCCGGGUUAGAAUCGCUGCAGGGGAAGCUAUAGCUAUGCUUGCUUUGGAAAGUAGAAGCAACUGCGUCCACAUUUUAAAGCUUGGAGUGUUGGUAAGACUUGUGGAUGCACUUGAGGUUCCUUUGGUCCGUGUCAAUGCUGCGAGAGUGUUGAGAAACUUGUGCAUGUACUCAGGACAUGAAUGCUUUAUAGACCUGAUGUUCAUUAAAGCAGCAGCUCCCACGGUGUUGAAAUCAAUAACAUCAGGAGACAACAAACUACAAGAAGUGAUGCUAGGGUUAGCAACACAAGUGUUCAAGUUCAUGAGUUCAGAAGAAGCACACGUUGCACUGACAGAUUCAGGGAUCAAGAAGCAAGAACUGGCGAACUCGCUGGUUGCUAUCCUGAAGAAACAUGACAAGCCAGCGAUUAAGGUUCCAAGAAUUAGGAGGUUUGUGAUUGAGCUGGCGAUAUGGAUGAUGGAAGAUGACGUGGAGAACGUUGUGAUGUUUAGAGAUUUAGGUAUGGAGAGAGAGCUGGAGAAAGUUCUUGAAACUACGGCUGAGCUUGAGAACUUUGAUGUUUUCUCGGGCACGGUUGGUGUGAGCCGACAUAGCAGAACGGUUCAUUGGUUGGCUGAGUUGGCUUUAACAUUUCUCAAGGAAGAUCAACCAUAA